ACAGAAGACGGCGGCACCAGCAGUUACUAGGCAACGUCGCCGGAGCGGCGAGAAGAAAGUAGGGAGAACCGUUCUUCCGUCCUGUCCGGGAUCGGGGGAAAAUGUCGCUAAACCCUGAAGGUCAGCGCAUAUGGCGUCUGAUUGGAGAUAGUCUCGGACCUUACACGGGAAGCGAGAUUCCUGUCUCAAGCAGAGAAGAUGAGAAGAACUUUCUGAUUGCUGUCUCGCAGGUUCUGAGACAAGUGCAGCUCUGGACCCGUGAACUCGAUUGCUCUUCGGAUAGUGAGACAGAGGCUAAAUCUGCUCCUAACCAUGAGAGUUCGGGUGAAUUCGACUUACAUUCAGAGGAAUGUCGGUGUUUAUGUGAUAUUGUCUGCGACAUGAUGGUUUUGCUGAAGGUCGAUAGUGGACAUGUUCGACAUGCAACAGGCAAACUUCUUUUGGCAGUUUCCGACUUUGUCUCUGCAUCUAUGCGUCACAGAGAAAGCAAUUGGCGCCUUUUCAUCAACUUGCUAUUUGUUUGCGCUCAAUUAUCGCUAUCAAACAUUUCUUCUCAUCCCUCAACACCAAGACAUGAGGAUCCAAGAAGCCAGUUGCAAAGUUACAUACUUCUCAAGAAACCUUGCCUGCAAAAUGCUGGCUGUCUUGCUGUCGCUGAAAUAACUAGAGUCUUACGAUGUAUCUGGAAAAAUUUGAUGCAAGAAGAUUGUGAUGAUCUUGUACAAGCAUACUUAGAUUCCCUAAAUUAUUUUCUUCUAAAAAUCCCUUUAGAUUUAUUGGAUGAGAUUUAUGCUGGUCAAAAUGGAGGUCAUAAAAAUGGUGAUAGGUCUGAUUCUUUAUCCAUGGGGCAUAGCCUACAGCUUGAGCAUGUAUUUCUUGGAUAUUUAGUUCAAUUACUAUGUUCGGUCAUUGGACAAAUCGUCCCUGUGGAAGUUCAAAGUGGUUCCUUCAGCCGGCAUCUGGCUCUUAGCUCCAUCAGUGACCUUGUGCCCAAGCUUUUCUACUGGUGUCUUUGUGGGCAAGAGGGCCAUGCCAAUGCAUGCAUCUUGGUAUACUUCCGACAUAAGUUGCUGAUGCUAACAAUAAGGCUCAGCAUCCCAGAUGAUUUCCAGUGCAAUUUUGGUUCAUGGUUGGAGCUUCUCCAUAGUUACCUUCAUGAAUUCUUGUGGGACCUAACUGCUGAGGUUCAUAAUCUCAGUACCAAUAGCCUUGAGGGCUCUCCUUUUGCAUCUGUUGUGCCCAAUAAAAAGAUGCAUAUUUUAAGCAUCCCCCAUAUACAGAGGCAGGCUACAUACCUUUUCUUGAGGUGUUGCUUCGGUUUGUUCAACCUACAGGGACGAAUUGACAAACAAUGCAAUUGUGUGGCUCCAAAGUCGGGCUCGAAUUUAGUUUUAAACUGUUGCAAUCAUAAGAAAGGUCUGAAAGAUCUUAGUCAGUGGCUUAAAAGGAAUGUUGCAGCUGAGAAUCUAUGCCAGAACAAGGUAUAUUUGGGAAAGAACAUCGGCUUUGCCUCAUCCCUCCUGCAAUUAUACAUGCAUGAGGAUGAUCUACUAUUCAAAGUGCUAUUGCAAAUGCUUAAGUUACCGCUAAAUGGGACCCGAGAAUCAUGCGAAGAAAGGAGAUUUCCAGAUAUGGAGGAAGAUUUUCUCCUUCACGUCUCAGAUGUUUUUAAUCCCAUAACAAUAUUCCAUAUAUUUCUUGCAGAGAUACACUAUGAUCACCAAGUGCUUCUUGAUUAUCUUAUAUCCAAAGACACUGGAAUUAGUUGCGCUCAGUAUCUUUUGAGGUGCCUCCGAAUGAUAUUGGAUAAAUUUGAGGCAUUCCUAGAAUUUCAAGUAGACGAUUUUACAGAAGAGCCAUCUUCCAAGAGGAGGAAACCUUCAAUGCAGGGCAGAAAUGAGCUGGCAGAUGUAUCAUCUUUACUACCACGUGUGAAGCACCUCGAUGGAGACCAUGUAAAUGGUUACAAGAACCAGAAGAUAAGAGGGCAGCCAUUUGAGGAAGCUAAACGGUGUCUCCUUUCCUUAAAAGAUUCACUUGAAAGUCUAAAUCAAAAGAAUUUAUUUCCAUAUAAUCCUAAAGCGCUUCUGAAACGUCUAAUGGAAUUUCAAGAAUUAUGCUACCAGCAGCAAAAGUGUACUUUCUGAAAAGCGUACCAUGCACUCUAGCGGUCCAGUGAAGAAGGGGUCAAGGCUAUCAAGAAGGGUUUCCAAUUCCCAGAUAAUAUUAGCCUUUUGAGGUAUCAUGUUAAAUAAGCUGAUGUCGACGGGUGAAGGCUUUUGGGGCAAGCAAGCCAACAGCAUAGCAAAUGGAUUUUCUUGUUACUGGCGGGACUGCAGAAAUGUCACUAUCAAAGAUCCAUAAGGCUUUUUGAGGCUUCCUAAUGUAAGGAUGGAGGCGUACUGGAACUUUGGGGAAAGAACCGGGGCAGCUGUUUUCCAGAUGAGGUUUUUAGAGGUUGAUAGAAACAAGUGUUGGAGGGAAGGAGAUACUUUCACCUUAUUAAGACCAGAUGUUGAAGAAGCUGGUGGGACGUGAAGUAUCAUUCUGUUGCAGUAUGGGCCUCAUGGCAAUAUUUUUUGACAGUCCAUGUAAGAAAUCGAUCCUCUCUUUUCCCCAACUAUAGUGGCAUCCUGCGAUCUCUGUUAGGGUUGAUUCGGAAAGUUUGUUUUUUAAGAUUCAGAUACUAAUCAGUCUUUAGUGUUCUCACUUUCAGAAAAAGGUUAUAUGCAUUCGUAGGAUCAGUCUCACUAUUA